AAAAUACGGUGCAAACUCAGAACACAUCACAACUCCUCCGACGACACUAACGGUUUGCCUUUGAGAGUCAUUCGAGAAGGAUAAUAAGAGCCAAGAUGCGUUUUGCUCUCAUCAUCGCCGCUUUGGUCGCCGGUGCAUUGGCAGGGCCUGUUGUUGAACCUUUCGAGGUACUCGACGAGGACUCUGUUUCUUUGCCGGACUUCGAAUUCACUGGACUUGGACUCCACAGGAGGGACGUGAAGUUCACCCAAGGAAAGGUAGAGGGUCUGAGCACUGUCCUCAGACCCCUUCGCGGUUGUAAUGGACGUUACAAGGGUCAACUCUCUGUCAGCGGCCUCAACUUCACCUACAAGGCUGUAGCCACUCAUCCAGAUCAAGAGUUCGACGUGGUAGUAGAAGUGCUACAUGGCCUAACAAGCGUAGACAGCGAGAGGACUUACGAUGAAAGUUUGCCAGCGAAGGACCACCGUGUGAGGGCUCUCCACCAGUACGUUAGACAACCAGUGGAGUUCACCAGCGACAGGCUCGAGAACCGUGUGUUUGAAGAGCUGCUCAAGCAGAAAUUGGCUCAGCUUCUGGACCAGUUGACGCAAACCGAAUCUUUCGAGCAUUUCUUUAAGAAUGUUGUCUAAGGUCAAAGUUCAAUAAUCUACUCACGAGGGUUAGUUAACUCGCGAAAUGCUUUGUGUAAAAAGUGUUACAAAUAAAUGAUAUGCCCAAUGGA